UCGUGAAGUAGCCAAUGACUCCUCCACAGGGGUCCCGCGGAAGGAUGACCAGCCCCCGUCGACAGCUGUGCUGGCGCAAUGUUUUUGUGACUUUUGCAGUCUGUACCCGGUACCAUGGCGUCUGGCGAGGAGGACGGAACUGUUGAGGAGAAAGAAACCAACAACAAGAAGCGGACGAAAGGCGCCAUCGCAACGGCAUGGCUCACGUUCUACAAUAUCGCCAUGACAGCUGGGUGGCUUGUUUUGGCUGUCGCCAUGGUCCGCUAUUAUCUUCAGAAAGGCACCCAUAGAGGCUUGUACAGAAAUAUAGCCAGGACACUUAAAUUUUUCCAGACAUUUGCACUACUAGAGGUUGGACACUGUGCUAUUGGAAUUGUGCGGACAUCUGUAAUUGUGACCGGGGUCCAAGUAUGUUCUCGGAUAUACAUGGUUUGGUUCGUUACAAACAGCAUCAGACAGAUUCAGAACGAGGAAAGCGUGAUCUUGUUCGUAGUAGUUUGGACGAUUACAGAGAUCACUCGCUACUCUUUCUACACUUUCAACUUGCUCAAUCAUCUGCCAUACUUCAUCAAGUGGGCCAGGUAUAACAUGUUUAUUGUCAUGUACCCCUUGGGAGUAAUCGGAGAGCUGCUGACUAUACAUGCCUCCUUACCUUAUGUGCGGAGAUCUGGCAUGUAUUCCCUGAGGCUUCCCAACAAAUACAAUGUGUCCUUUGACUAUUACUACUUCUUGAUCAUCGUCAUGCUGUCCUACAUCCCAUUGUUUCCUCAGCUGUACUUCCACAUGCUACGUCAGAGGAGGAGAGUACUUCAUGGAGAAAUUAUAGUAGAGAAAGAUGAGUAGAAAGACACCACUAAAAAAACAACAACAAAAUAGCAAUCAGUUAUUUAACAAAUGUUUCUGCAUCAGUUUAUGAUCAAAAAGAAAACUGAAAACAUUAAAUACUAAUUAAUUUAACAAUUAUUAGUUGCAGUAUAUAUUCUUAGUAGAACCUUUUCCAGCUGUGUUUUUCACAAGGUUGGGAUGACUACAAUCUUCAAAGGGAAUCUGAACCAAUGGGUACCCCGGUGUUAUGGGUAAUCAUAAAUCACCAACUGGGACAGGGCCGGCCCAAGCCUUCAUGGGGCCCUAAGCAGAAUUUGGGCGCCCUUCUGUGCCGCCAAUAUGGCUGGUUGUUUGUGCCUUUUAAUUGUAACAUUUGCAAACUUACAAGAGUGGUCAGGUUUUAAUUUACACUUUAACAUUAAAAGCCAUAACAUAUUAAAUAGCACUCUUAAUGUGGUGUGCUCCAAAGUAGCUAAAUAAACCAGCAGACAAUACAUUUACAGAAGAAAAUGUUAAUGUUAUUUUAACAACAUAAAUAUUAAUCAAAGUUGUUCGACUUUUAUUACAAGUCCAAUUUUUUAAUUAUUUUAAGUUAAUAAUGUUAAGCUGUUAUCAGUUUCUGAAACAGAACUUUUUAUUACAAAAAUAUAUGCAUAGGAAAAAAAAUUAAACGCAAGACAAGAACUAAGUGAAAUGUUAUUGAGAUGUUGCUGAUGUUUUAAUUCUUAAACAUGAACCAAAAAAAAAAGAUACCCUACUUUGGCUAUGCUAAUUACCUAAACUUGUAUGUUGUAUGUUUCUGAUGAAAUGAAAUGAAAUGAAGUUUUUUUUUACAGUUAUUGUUUCUAAUUACUUGUAAAAACAAGUUAAUUUACAAAUGUUCAUUUAGAUGGCCCAAAAAAGAAUUUCUAACACCUGUUAUAUAGUCAUUUACAAACUUGGAGUGGUCUGAUCUGAACUGGCCAGGGGUGCAUUUCCUAAAAGCAGCUCGCAAGUUCCGUCACCCAAUAGAAUUCAAUGGAAAUAACAACCAUAGUUAGCUAAGAAUGGUUUUGAGAAACGCACCCAUGUUGAAUUUGUUCCUCUUCCACCCUAAAACACGACGGAUUUGAACUCUUUGACUUGCUUAAGAAAGAGAAAAAAAGAACGAAAGAUGAGCUCAGUGCUUUUAACAUAUCAUAUCUGUUCAGUGUUUUCAGUCGAAUUAAUUAUACUUUAGGUUUCAGACAUUUAAAUAUACUUAAAAAAUACAUUCAGUUAGUCAAAUAAGCUAUACACUGAUUUCUAUGGAAAAUAGCACUAACAAUACUUUCAGUUAUGGACGACGUGUUUUAUUCCUAUCAAAUACACAAUGUGUAGGUUACAAUUAAGUUGUCUUAACAGUAUCCGUCUUCGUCCCAGCUAACUGGCCACUUACUUUUUUUUUUUUUUUUUUUUUGGGAGAAAUAGGUACAUUUGCGUAAUGUUAAUCCGGCAGAACCACACGGCAGCGUUCAGUGCAAAUUCUCAACAUGGUCAAGCUGCUAUGGAAAUAAUAAAAUGAUAUGUAUAGAUUAUUUAUUUAUUUAUUUAAUAUUGUGCUUUCAUAUAAAUACCACUGUCCACUGACAUAAAAUAAACAAUAUAAAACAAUUUGUCAUUUCAUGUAGGCUACUCUUACUUAGUCCACUUAGUUCGCUUGGGCCGGCUCUGAACUGGGAUCUGGUUUAACAAACAAUUAUCUAUACCUAGAGGGAUUUGGACUGAAUAAGUCAUUUGUGUAAUUACAGAGAUACUACGGUAAACCAUCCUGAAAAUUCUAGAUCUUCACUUUUUUUUCAUUUAUCUUCUUUGAUAAGAUAAGGGAUUAAUAUUGAUAUAUCUUACAUUCUUUAUCAGAAUGGUUAAGGUACUGUUACAAUUGACAGUAAAAUUGCAGACUAGCUAUGAAGAGAUGAAACUGUCAUGUACAACCUCCCACCCCACACACACACACACACACACAUUCACAUUGAUUUGGUAUAAGCAGAAGAAACAUUGUCAUUAAAAUACAAUAUAAAUACAUUAAUAUAAAUCUUUAAGGGUUCUAUCAGUUUAGUAUUUGUGAAAACUACUGUCAUGACAAUAUCUAGAUAUCAUAUCGGUGUUCUUAUGUUUAACAACCUAGGUUUUACAAAGUCAAAAAUCCUGUAUUUUUGAACUGUAUUUUUAAAAUGCAUACCAACACCAUAUUCUAACAAGGUGAAACGUGAUAAAGCAACAAGUUAUAAUAUCACACCCAUGUUUUUAUUUAAAUAUUUUUUUGGGGUUCAAACCAUCCGAGACUGUGAAAAGCAACAGAACAUUUUGUCCACUGAUCAGUUUCUAGAUUUGUGAUUGAGUAUCCUAUGUCCAAAAUAUAGAUUAUAUCCUCAUACAGAUGGCCCAUCAAAUAUGGGUGUGACUUUGUCUCAACAGGCAGAAGGUAUGGACAGAAAAUUACUUGUAACGUUCUUUGUUAGGAUAUAUUUUUUUACAUUUCAGUAUGCACUAUGAUUACCUUUGUUGCUUCAGUGUUUACAAUCCAAACUAGACUAAAUAAACUGGAAAAGUUUGUACAGGUAGUGCUAUAGAAAACAAUCAUCUUAGAUUGGUUAGAUAUUUGUUGCCAAAACCUUAACUAUCAGAACUUCUGUGUUGUUGAUUUAGGUUUUUUUCCUUUUUGUAAGAAACUUGUGUUCACAUGCUCUGUUUUUGAAUAGAUUAUCUCUCUAAGGUGCUACAAUAUUUAAUUCUUCCGUGCAGCUGGGUAGAGAAAAGGACAUGAUUUGGAGUGAGAAGUGGAGGAAUUGAUAUAAUUAAAUAGAAUUGUGAAGUCUUCAAACAAACCUUUUCAUGUUAUUUAAUGUAAUACCUGGUAACUGAACUGGAUAAAUAAGGAUCUUGUGAAAAAGCGAAUGAAAGAAACAAUAAAACAAAUUAACAGUA